GCGGGGACGAGAGGAGAGAAAAGUUUUUUUUGAAAGUUUUGGCGCAUGCUUAGUGAAUGUGACAAGCGGAGCUGGACUGCGGCGAGGAGCUGGGAGUUUGACAGCGGUGGCAGAGGGGACCGGCUGGGCGCUGAGAGGGAAGGGGAUUGCAGAUCUAUCUCCUGUCCUGGCUGGAGUCGCUACCUGCGGACUGACUGAGCGGCCAGGGGGGCCACAUUCCCGUGUCAACUCUGCCAGCUCACGAAGAGAUGCCUGAAGGGUCGUUGUGCUCUGCUAAGGAGGCACCAGGUGCAGAAGCUGCUGCUGGUUGGAUGGUUCGUCACCUUCGACCUUCGCACUCUGGCCUUUGCACGAGCAACGUUCGGUGCUAUCGGAAGCGAGCAGUAACGCGAGCUGCUGGAGAAUCUCCCAGGACUUCUUCCACCUCUUCCUUGAGCAGCCAUGACAGGAUGUCCACGGUCACCAUCUCCACCAGCUCCACAUCAGUCAACACAGACUGCUCUGACUACGAGCGCCCAGCCAGUGCCAGCUCCUUGGGUUCCCUGCAGGAUUUCCGUGCCCCCUUGGAGACCAUGGCCCAGGCGGGCAUUGACAUAGGCGUGGAGCUGGCACCGCCCCCACGGAUGGCCAAGGCCGAGCGGGAACGCAACAACAACAACAACUUGGCGGAGCGGGCGAACAUCAACUUCCGUCAACACCCCAUGUCCCCCAUCGCAACCAGGGCCAUGGCCCCCAAUCCCAAACUGUCGUACGUGGACAGGGUGGUGAUGGAAAUAAUCGAGACCGAGCGAAUGUAUGUUCAGGAUCUGAGGAGCAUCAUUGAGGAUUAUCUGGGCUACAUCAUUGAUGCUUCAAAUUUGCCAAUCAGACCUGAACAUGUCUCUGCACUGUUUGGAAACAUUGAAGACAUCUACGAGUUUAACAGUGAACUGCUGCAGGACCUUGACAGCUGUCACCAUGACCCUGUUGCCAUUGCAAGAUGCUUUGUAGACAAGAGUCAGGACUUUGACAUCUACACCCAGUACUGUACCAACUACCCCAACUCCGUGGCAGCCCUGACCGAGUGCAUGAGGAACAAGGUCCUGGCCAAGUUCUUCAGGGAACGCCAGUCAACGCUGAAGCGCUACCUCCCGCUGGGAUCCUACCUGCUGAAGCCCGUACAGAGGAUCCUCAAGUACCAUCUCCUGCUGCAGGAAAUAGCAAAGCACUUUGACGUCACCCAGGAGGGCUAUGAGGUGAUUGAUGAAGCUAUUGACACCAUGACAGGUGUAGCCUGGUACAUCAAUGACAUGAAGAGGAAACACGAGCAUGCUAUCCGGCUGCAGGAAGUACAGAGCUUGAUGAUACACUGGGACGGGCCGGACCUUACAACGUACGGGGAGCUUGUCCUGGAAGGAACCUUCCGGAUUCACCGCGCCAAAAAUGAACGCACUUUAUUCCUUUUCGACAAGGUCCUCCUACUGGCCAAGAAGAGAGGCGAACACUUCAUUUACAAGCAUCACAUCAUGUGCUCUGCAUUGAUGCUCAUUGAAAGCACGAGGGACUCGUUGUGCUUCGGACUGUCUCACUACAAGAACCCAAAGCAGCAACACACAGUCCAGGCAAAGACUGUGGAAGAGAAGCGCCUCUGGACUCAUCACAUAAAGAGGCUGAUUCUAGAGAAUCACCACGCCAUCAUUCCUCAGAAGGCAAAAGAAGCCAUAUUGGAAAUGGAUUCCUAUUAUCCUUCCAAAUAUCGAUACAGUCCAGAACGGUUAAAAAAGCCUAUGUCCACCCAAGAGGAAAUUUUGAGCUAUCGUAAGGGUCGCAGGCAAUCCGAGCCAGCGAAACAGAUCCUGAAAUCCUUGGUGCAGAUUAAGAAGCAUGCAGGCAGCGACGGAGAGCUCCUGGGCAACAAGGACUCUGCAAACCCCCUGCCGGCUGUCAGUUCACUGAGCUCCAGCAUGAGCGAGCCUGAAAGCGAGAGGCACGACAAUGAGGACGAGCUGGCCGACAGCAAAGACUCCCUGAACCUCCUCACUGCAAGUGACUCCGAGGAAGUAGCCAGAGGUACUGAGCUUGCCUUGGGAGCCGUGGAGCCGGAGGAGGAAUUGAUGAUAGAGGGCGACCAGGUAGCCGACUUUGCCAGUUCUCUGCUGGCUGCCAUCUCCUGUUGGCACUAUAGAGCCAGGGCUUUGCUUUCUGCUAAGUUCUCCACGCAGAACGAGAAUCCUGUUGAGCUGCCGGAAGCCAAAGGAUUCAAACGACAGAACAGCCAGCCAUCCACAAAUGCUGAGAAGCGUCGUGGCGUGGAAGCCAAUACUGUGAUGUCUGAAGAGGUCACCUCUGUUGUGGAACCGAUAUCCAUUCACCAGAUGGUGACUGAGGCCUGCCAGUCUGCCCUUGAGGAAAUGCAAUCGGAUACUGAGAGGACUCGCAGCCCGGAGGGUCCCAAGCGAGCAGAUGAAGCCCCCGAGGCGAUGAACAUCGAUCUGUCUGUGUCCGGGAGGGGGAGUGUGGGAUCUGCCAUGGAAUGCUCGUUCAACGAGGCAGGCGAGGAACCGAAGCACUUCAGCAGCGAGGACUCAUCGGAGGAGGAGGAGCAUGAGAGGGAUUCCCGGAGCAUCCUCCCCCCGUCGGUGCUGGGCCAGGCCAGCCUCAUAGUGGGGCACCUGAUGAACGGCCAGCCCAGGUGCAACGGCUUAGUGGCUGACGAUGGCGGCGGCUCGUACAGCUGCACCGCGCCAAAGGUGACCAGCAGACAGGGUAGUCUGGAAAACAGCGACAAAUCGCCUCGAUCCAGGGGCUCGCAUGAUGAUUGGCAAUCGAGCGACGUUGUCCGUGGCAGCAAUCUCCAAGAGAAAGAGAGCCCCUCCGACGAGGCUCACUUCAACAGCCUGGAAGACCUGGAGUUGGACAUGGAUCGCAAUUUUCCGAAGCGGAGAGACUCCACCCUCUCCAAGCAGGACCGGCUUCUCAUCGAAAAGAUUAAAAGUUACUACGACAACGCAGAGCACGAAGACGCCAACUUUAGCAUCAAAAGGCGAGAAAGCCUGACUUACAUCCCAGCAGGCCUGGUCAGGAACUCUGUCUCAAAGUUAAAUUGCCAGAACAAGGAGGAGAAUUUGCGAGAGGUCACACUGAGGAGACGACUGGCGUCUUCCACUGCCGCCGUUGCCCGCGGGGACGGCCCACCCGCUUUGGCUUUGCGUGACCUUCCGAAUCCGAGUGCCGGUGGAGAUGCCCGCUUGUCUCCAGAGUCGUGCCAGGUUUUAGAAUGUCAACAGCUGGAGGCGAGGGACACUUUGGUAGAAAAGCCACCUUUGGACUCUCCGAGGGAGACCAGUCCUGGUCAACAAGACCCAAUUACCGAGAACGAAUUCCGAUCACCAGUGGACAUGAUUAAGAUCUGGCAAGAGAUGGAAAGCAUGUCGAACGCUGCCUCAAAGUCUCCCAAAGGGACAGGACAGAAACACGAGACGUCACGAGGAUUUAACUUCUUCGAGCACAGCUCUGAGACACCAAAGAAAAGGGAAUGCAAGAGCCCCGUGCAAUCCCAAAUGAAACAUCUCAGCAAAGGUAGAACCAGUUUUGGCCAAGACUUCAAUGAACCAUUGGUGAUUCUGGAAGACUCUGAUAUAAGUGCCAUCGCAGAAGUAUCUCCCGUUUCUUCUAAAUCAAGGUCCACUGGAGAAAGUGGUUUGGAGGAACGACUAAAUGAUGUGUCAAUAAGCGAUGUCUGCACCCAAACCAAAGCAACUGUUCCUCCGGCGCAAACACCAUUGCAUGAGCAACCACGCAAAUGGUCUGAAGCAGAGGACAACCCCACACCACUGCCGGAAUCCAGUUCCCAUCUGAUGCGGAGGACGUGCGAUCAUCCUGCUCCGAUCACGGGUCCAAAGAUAGUCCAGGCGCAGAGCGAGGAGCUGCUGAGGGAGGUGACGGAGAAGAUGAAGACCAAGGUCUUCCAGCUGGCCAGAAUAUACAGUCAGAGGAUUAAGAACAGCAAGCCAGUGGUCAGAAAGAGAGGGAAGCUGUUGGAGGACGCGCUCGUGAGGGAAGAGGAACGAGUCAGUGAAGCCCCAAAACUGAUAACGGUUCAGGAAGACGAGAAGGAAAAGGUUGCUGCUGCAGAUAAGCCAAAGGAAUUGCCACAUUUGUCUCUCUAUGAACAAGUCAUUAUUCAUGAACAGGUCCCUUUGGCUGUGUUAGUGGAGGAACCUGAUGUUGUCUCACCAACUAAGGAAUUGCAGACAUGCCUUUCACCUUCCUCAAGAAUCACUUCACCGAGACGUUCUGUUAUCAGUCUAACUACACCCCCUGUACGGCUUCUAUCUAGGAGGCCACUCAGCCCUACGGAAGUGGAAACUUUUCUGUGGCCUGACGUUCGCGAGCUCCGUUCUAAGUACACGCCUGCACGUGAUCUGGCCGCCAAGGAUUCUACGCUGAGGAUUGCCCGAACAAACCUCUUCAAACCAGGCGAGAGUAGCUGUGCAAAGCUGAGCCGAUUUGCCAAGAGCGUGUCCAUGCCAAACGGGAUGAUGGAAGGAAGAAUGUCCCAUUCCAGUUUUCUGGAGCAAAAGGGCAAGUCUAAACCUGGUUCCUACUCUUCCAGCACUGCAGGCAAAAGGGCAGCUUCAGGUACUGGCGCCAGGAAAAUGUUGCAUUCUGAUUCUUCCAUCCAGUAUUUCCUCCAAGCAGCACCCGAGAGCUCCUCCAGCAAUCACACAAUGUGUCCGAGGACUACUCCCUUGGAUUGUAGGCUCACGGGUUCAGAUCACAAGCACUGCCACUCUACUACAGGUACUGACACCACUCCCCAUGCUUCCUCGGAGUUAACUCUGCAAGACGAUCACAAGGUCAUCAUCAUGGAGAAGUCCCCCCACCACGGUGAUGGUCGUAGUAGUCAUAGGAACAGGGAUGUUGCGGAAUACAGCGGCAGUGAUGAUGAGGGCUACGUCCAGAUCAGGUCCCCCACAUCUCGUGAGAAAAUCUCAAUCCGAGCAGUGGUGGAAAGGUGCAGGGCGUACCAAGAAUCAGACGAGUACAAGUCCAGGCAAGAGGACCAAGACAAGGGCAUGAGCCCAGGGACUUCUAACCCAAAGGCCAAACAGCGCAGUUGCAGGGGAGCGGAGAAGGUGACCUGCUCCACUGUUCAGCAGCCAGGACCGAGGUUUGAGAUGUGCCACGCGGGCAGCAGAACAGAUUUGACCCAGCAAGGCCUGGUGAAGAACCUGAGAGAGAAAUUCCAAAGCCUAACUUCUGCCACCUGAAGCUUAACCUGCCUCUUACGAAUCAAACCACUGUACGUGAACAAAUGGGUGUAAAAUAUUAUUUAAGAUGCGGAAUUUCCUUUUGGACCCGUGGCCAAGACUUGCACCUGGCGACAGAAAAUAGUAAAUGAUAUUGCGAUGCUUUGCCAGGUUAAUUAUCAUUCCUUAAUAAAAUCAUGGUGAAACU